AUAAUAAUCCUUCAGAAGAACAUGUUGCUGCUGAAUAAGUUUCCUGCAUGGCUUUCUGCAUUCGCUUUGCUUUUGCUGACUCAGGAGCCUGUCUCUACAUCAGAGGUCACGGCCUGUGGAGUUGCGGUGGAUCCACCUGCCAAUAUUGAGAUAACAGACCCUGGCUUCCUGGGGUACCUCAGUAUCCACUGGACUCUGCCAACCAGCCUUCAAAACCUUACAGGCUGCACAGUACGAUACCAACUCAGAUACUACGACACCUAUGAGGAACGAUGGAGGAGUGUUCGAACUGUCAAGCUGACUUAUGCUGCUCAGUUUGAUCCUGAGAAACCAAUCAAGGUGAGAAUACUCACUGUGCUGAAGUGUGCCUGUACCAAUGGGACAGAAGUCCAAGGGGAGGAAAAAGAGUGGGUCUACACACCUGAACCUACAGGUGUGGCGGAAUCACGAAUAAGAGAUUUUCACUGUGUCUACUAUGGGAAGGAGUACAUGGAAUGCACCUGGGAGUCAGGACCCGGCCAGCCUCCAGAUUCACAGCACUACCUCUAUUACUGGCACAGGGAAAUGGAUGAAACAAAGGAAUGUCCAGAAUACAUCAUAUUCUCUGAGGGUCGAAGGGGAUGCCGGUUUCCUCGAGAAUCACUCUUGGAGUUCUCUAAGUUUAAUUUAUGUGUAAAUGGAUCCUCUCCAGCAGGAAGUCUGAAAAUGGCCUACUUCUCUAUUGAGGUCCAAAACUAUGUAAAACCCGCAGUGGUCUCCUCUGUGCAUGUCUCAGAGAUUGACGGAGAGCUGAAGUUAGAUUGGUCACCACCUAGUGGUCAGGUGCCAGAACACUGCUUGGAAUAUGAGGUGGAGAGCAGCACUACGAUGGAAAAUGGAAAACAAAAGCAGGAAAACAUGGUUCUUCAGAAUUUAGAGGACACAUCUUAUAGCGUCCCGAGAGAGGUAGAAAGUCAGAAAACCUGCUUUCGAAUCAGGUCAAAGGUGAACAUGUACUGCGCUGAUGGAGGGUUUUGGAGUGACUGGAGCCAAACAAAGUGUACAGAAAACAAGGAAACUCAGUGCAUCCCAAAAUUGACAUAUCUCGGUCUGGUGGGCCUGGUGGUCAUCGGCAUUGCUGGAGUCAUCAUCCUCUGUCUUUCAUUAUGGAUAUUAAAGAAGAUUAGCAUAAAAAAGAUCAACAAAAAGGAUGCCCUCUAUAGUUUAUACAAGGAGAAGGUCAACGAGACCAUGCCCACUAUCCUCAGCCCCAUAUUCAAGUGAUGCUCCCUAAGACCUGCUGUGCUGAAUUACCGUUUAGCAGUUUUAGACUGCAGUAAAAGUACACUACUCAGACAGAGAAAUAAACAUGAGAAGUGAGACUUCAACACACUUAAAGUGAUAGCUGAUAGAAUCAGUAGUCUUGUGGAAUAGGUAUGUGGAGACCUAAAUGAACCACAGCACUGACCUGAAUGUAUGAACCACUUUGGUUUCCAAGACACUAUACUACUAUGUGAUGUGUUUACGCACAUGUUUAACUUAAAGUUACUCAAAGAUUUUUCAAAUAUCAAUGAUCUUGCCAGUUUAGCCAAUUAUUUUUCAAAUGCCAUUGAUCUUGAUAUUUUAGCCUAUGUUUUUUCAAAUUACAAUGAUCUUGCCAAUGAUUUUUUCAAAUGCCAAUCAUCAUGAUAUUUUAGCUAGUGAUUUUUCAGAUUCCAAAGAUCUUGUCAGUUUAACCAAUAAUUUUUCAAAUGCCAGUGAUCUUGCCAAUGAUUUUUCACAUGCCAAUCAUCUUGAUAUUUUAGCCAGUGAUUUUUUAAAUUCCAAUGAUCUUGCCAAUUAAGCCAAUGAUUUUUCAAAUGCCAGUGAUCUUGUCAGUUUUAAUUUCCUAUCAGCUUUUUUUGCUGUUUCACUUUGAUGUAUGACUCUUUCAGUAUUCGAGUUUAUUUUACUGCUGAUUACAUAAUGAAGAAAUCAGGAGUAAAGAGUAUUCAUACACUUUGGAAAAAAAGUGCCUUUAUAUACAUUUUUAAAAUCAAAUUUUCAAGUUUUUACAACAGAUACAAUCAACAAGAAGUCUGUAAAACACCCACAACCCACCACUGCAGUGUGCACAGAUAUGCAGUCACAGAACAUAUUUCCAUUCAUGUUCAAAUCCUAAUCAGAACAUCAAAGCCCUUCCUGUUGAUCAUCAUCACUUCCUGUGCUGACUAGGCCUGGUGAGUAUGUAUGGUGACUGGAAUGGUGAUGUUUGGGUGGGUCUUCAUGAUAUCACACAGUAUAGUACAAAUGACUCACUACAUUACCUCCAAGAAACAGGGAGUCACUUUAUUCAUAGAAUUAUCGCUCAUGCAACAAGCAUUAUUGUUUUGUCAAUGCUCUACAUUUACAUGUCAUCAAGCCACAGUUCUGUAAUAGUAAACCAACUGUGUAACCGAUGUAAUAUUGAUGGAUCCUAGUGUGGUAUCCACACCCUGCUUACUUGACUUAACAUGCUUAGAAAAAAAGAAGUUAUUAAAAAGGAUAGUUUUACCAAAAGUGAAAAUCCUGUCAGCAUUUACUCACCCUAAUGUCACCCUAAUGUAAAACCUAUAUAUCCAUACUUUUUCUGUGAAACACAACAGAAAUUUCUGAAAAAUGUCUCAGAGUUUUGUUUUGUUUUGUUUUGAUUCAGUGAUAUUGUUUUGGACUCUGUUUACUUUCAUGUAUGGACAAAAAAGAUGAAAGUUUCAUGAAAAUAUCUUAUUUUGUGUUUUGCACUUUUUGUGUUUUGUCAAAAAGCCUAUUGUUUGCUGGCCAGUGUGUAACAGAUCUUUAUUUGGGCACAUCUAAUUCAUUGAUAGAAUUAGGUAUUUUCAUUCUUGAAUAUUUAAUUUGCACCAUUUGUGAUCUCAGAAUGUGGUAUUAAAAAAUGUAAAUAAAAUUGAAAAAUUAAAUGAAUGAAAAAUUUUGUAAAACUGAAUUAAACAUGAAAAGACUGAAGUAGUAUUUUCUUAUAAAACAUAGUUGUUUUAUUUACAACUUCAAAAAACUUUUUUUACCGUGUACAGCAGUAUAUAAUAACUAUUUGUUAGAGUAUUUCCAUACUGAAUUCAAGUUGAGCCACUUAUUGAUAUUGAUAUGAUGUCAAAAAUGCUCUAAUUGUCCCAAUUUCAUCCUAAUUUUGUAUCAGAUGUUGAAAUUGUUUAUUUGUAUAAAUAAAUAAAAAAAUCUUAUACAAUA